UUUGUUGUGAUCACGUGGGCAGACAAUUAGUACAAUCGUAUCUAAACUUACCUUUACCUUUAGAUCAAUAUUUACCUGUAUGAAACAACGCUAUUUUAUUUCAGUAUUUUAUGCAGAAAAUUUCACUAUUUUUGGAAUUAUCAACGAUUUUGAUAUUUGGAUUAAUCUAAGCCUGUCAUUGGAAUCUUUCUUUGUGAAAAAGUGACAAGGUAACAACAUUGUCACUUUGUCGCAUCAAUAUGGCCGACGCGAACUUCCGAUAACACAAAUUCCCACCGGUGAAACAACGAAUUUUGUGACUAGACGUCUGAAAAGUUAGUGAAAUCUUAUAGAAGAAGUGAUUUUUAAAAAAUUGACUAUGAAGUUGAGCGUAUGGCUGAUCUGUGAUACAUGAUAUCGAUAGUAAUUAAUAUGGAGGGAGAACGCCUGCUUUACCUGCACAUCAUUAUAUUGGUAGCUGUAAAUUUACCUUACGUGGAAAGUGAAGAUCCACCACUCUACUUUUCACGAGAACCAGAAUGUGGUUCAGCAGUAAGCGAGACUGGAGUAAAAAUUUUGACCUGUCAAUCAUACAGUGACCCUGUUCCUGAGUACCGCUGGCUGAGGGAGGGAAAAUAUGUCAGUGAGGAGAGCUUUAGUGGGACAUUCAGGAUGUACCACAUCAAUCGGACGGCAGCAGGGACUUAUAGAUGUCAAGCCUCUAACAGACUCGGAUCCAUCAUUAGUGACAGUUGCAGAGUGGAUGUGGCGUAUUUGGAUCCACUUCCCAUCUCACAAGAUGAAGAUGUUAAUGUCGGAAGAGGUGGUGGGGUUAAAAUAUCUUUACCCCCUUUUAAAUCCUACCCAUUUCCACCCACCGUGGAAUGGCGUCUUAACUCAAAUAUCAUGGCAGACGAGGGUCAGAAUCACCAGGUGACUCUCUCCAAGGACCUCGUGCUGCUGGAUUCUCAGAACAUUGAUGACGGGAAGCAGUUCCAAGCUGACAUUCUGAAUGGCUUAAAUGGACAAACCAGUACGACACAGACAUAUACAGUCAGAGUUUCAGGAGGAUCUUCAAGUGUUGAUCCAGCAGUGGUUGUGGGACCUAAAGAUACCACAGCCAGCCAGGGAGAAUACACAGUGAACUUUGAGUGUGUUAUUAAUGCCAGUCCUAUAAGCUUUCUAAGCACAAAGUGGUAUAGAGUAAGAGAUGGAUCAGAAACGGAGAUUUCUCAGAAUCCCAAGUACCUGCUGUCAGGGGGUUACCACAGAAUACUCACUAUAAAGAGUCCUGAAACCAGUGACACAGGACUGUACCGCUGUAAAGCUUCUAUGUCUAAUAGCAACCUCAGUCCCCCAGUCAUCCUAGAUGCCAAUCUCACUGUCUAUGAGAGUCCUGUCAUCAUAUCCCAGAUUGAGACCCAGUAUGUACGAGAUUUCAGUCAGAACAUCACCAUACACUGUCAGGGCCAAGGUACCCCGGCUCCCACGAUGCUGUGGUACUUCAACUCCCAGCUGCUUCAGUCCAGUCACAAACUGACAGUUUUUCCCAAUGGAACCCUGAGCAUUACAUUCCUAGAUAUGACAGAAUCUGGAGUCUACAUGUGUUUUGCCAGAAAUGAGGCCGGGGAAACUAAGAAGGCCACUUGGAUUAAAGUCAAUAGUUCACCACCUGAAAUAAUAAACAAGCCAGUCAACUUGACAAUCACGGAGGGAAGUAAUGCUCGACUUCCUUGUGAGGCAACAGGUGCUCCCAAACCAACUGUGUCUUGGAAAAGAAUUGUGUCAAAUAGUCCUGUGGAUAUUGUGAGUGGGGGGCGGAUUCAGAUUCUGGAUAAUGGACAACUUCUGAUCACUACCACUGUGUCGACAGAUUCUGGACAGUAUGUGUGUAAUGCCUCCAACAGUAGGGGGAGCCAAUCAGCUGAAGCCUUCCUGGAAGUUUACGUGAAAACAGUUAUAACACGACCUCCCACAAAUACAUCCAUCAUCAAAGGCUCGUCUUCCUCUCUGCAGUGUGGGGUGUCUAAAGACCCCAAUGUACAGGUUAGCUGGCAUUGGUUUUUAACCCCUCCCGAGACUGCUACCUCUACAGAGAUUACCAAUUCCCCCCGCCAUACUGUGAGCACUCAGGAUGGGACACUAACCAUUACAGGAGUUUACAAUGUAGACAUUGGCUGGUACAAAUGUCAAGUCACCUCUAAAGGAGGCAAUGAUAGCAGUUCUGCCUUUUUGCAAGUCACUGAAUUGCCUCACAAGCCUGUUGUGACCAGUGUAGUACACAAUCCAUCUAAUUUACGAAGCGUCAAUGUCUCGUGGAGUCCAGGCUUUGAUGGGAACAGUCCAAUUCAAAGAUUUAUCCUACAAUACAGGAAGGUGGACUACAUACCAGAUAAAGGAAUUGUCGAAAUUGACCCAUGGAAUGUGUUCAAUAGCAAUGUUCCUCCAAGUUCAAGGUCAAUAAUUGUUAGUGGACUGAGACCAGCUAGAUAUUUCCAAGUCAUCAUCAGUGCUGUCAAUUCUGUCGGGGAGGGGUCAUCAAGUGAUGCCAAACCAAUGCCACCAAUCAGAAUGCCAGAACAAGCACCAUCUAGCCCUCCUAAGGGAUUUUAUGGUACUCCCAGAUCCAACUCUUCAAUCAUGCUGCUGUGGCAGGCCCCCUCAGAAGACACCUGGAAUGGAGACCUGAGAGGCUACAUGAUCAGAUACAAGCUAACCAACUACCCAGACAGCACCUAUCAGAGUGUCAACACCACUAAUCCAUUGGUCACCACCCAUGAACUUACCAACCUGAUCAUAUUCCAGUCAUACGAAUUCCAGAUAGCUGCCUAUAACAAUGAGGGGGUUGGAGUGUUUUCGAACACCAUCGAAGAGAGAACCAUGGAGGGACAGCCCACCAGGCCUCCAAAAAACGUUCAAGUUGUAGCAAGGAAUUCUACCGUUGUAAGAGUCGCAUGGCAGCCAGUGGAUGCAGCAUACAUCAAUGGGGUGGCCCUAGGUUACAAGAUUAAGGCUCGAAGGCAGGGACAGUCCACCUUUGAAAAGGAGUUGUCUGUGCCACCCAACCCAAAUGAUCCUAUUGGGGAGCAGUCAUUGUACAUCAAUGGUCUGAAGAAGUUCACCUAUUAUUCUGUAGUGGUUCUUUGUUACACUGGAGCUGGAGAUGGCCCAGCAAGUUUGCCAAUGUCUGUCAGGACAGAAGAAGAUGUUCCUGGAAAAGUUGCUACUCUCCAUUUUGAAGACAUCCUGGAUACGUCUCUGAAAGUUGUUUGGACUCCACCAACAGAAGUCAAUGGAAAUCUUCUGGGGUACACUCUUAAAUGGGAACAGAAAAUCAGAAAUAUCACAAAGGAGGUCAAUCUAAAUGAAGGUACUACCUCUUACACCAUAAGGAACCUGAUGCCUACCACUAACUACACUAUCUACCUGUAUGCCAGGACUGCUAAGGGAAAUGGGGCUGUCAGCUCAGCUGAUAUAGAGUCUGGAGUUCCACCAGAACGCCCCAAACCACCAGAGCAGCUGGGAGUGAGUGACGUUCAACCCAGAUCAGUUGUCAUUCAGUUUUUUCCAGGAUAUGAUGGGAAAACAUCAAUAACUAAUUGGGUUGUCGAGGCCCAAGUGGGGAGUGAUGAGAACUGGCGAGAAAUAUACAGGGUUUCAGCUCCAGAGGCUACAUCUAUAACCGUACACAAUCUCUCUCCCUAUACCCAGUAUAGGAUGAGGAUUAUAGCAGUCAAUAUAGUUGCUCCCAGUGAACCAAGUGAACCAACUCGACAGUUUCAAACCAGCCAGGAUUCCCCAAAUGUGCCUCCUGGAGAAGUUACCCUACGAGCCGUUAAUGCCACAGCAUUGAGGAUCAGUUGGGCUCCCCUCUCUUCACAAGACUGGAAUGGCCAGCCUAAAGGCUACAGAAUCCUGUACAGAGAGGAUAACGGUACAGUGUGGAAGAGUGUGAACCUGACUCUGGAUAGGGACUUCUUCAUCCUCAGUAGGCUGGAGGAAUGGAUGGUGUAUGAAGUCAAAAUGCAGUCCUUUAAUGAUGUUGGAUACAGCGAUUUCAGUCCUAUUCAGCGGGAGAGGACUAGAGAUGCCAGACCAAGUUCUGGACCAGCCUCUGUUGAGUGUAAAAGAAAUUCCUCCACUAGUAUCGGGUGUACCUGGGGAGAUGUCCCGUAUCUACAUCAGAAUGGGAUUAUUUCAGGAUAUAAGGUCCUUUAUAAGGAUAUGUCAUCAUCCAGUUUUGAACCAGAUGUGUUGACAGUGGUAGGAAAUGAGACAAAGUCGGUGUUGAUUGGUAACCUUAGGAAAUACGUCAUCUAUCAGAUCCAGGUUCUGGCUUACACCAGAAUGGGCGAUGGUGAGCUCAGUCAGCCACCAGUAAGCCAACAGACACUGGAUGAUGUUCCUGGGCCACCUGUAAGACUGUGGUUUCCGGAAGUCACCUCCAACACUGUCAAGAUUAUGUGGUCCCCACCGCUUGAGCCCAAUGGAAUUAUCACAGGUUACAUGGUGACAUACAGAAGGGACGAUUUGAGCAUUACUUUCAACAGCUCAGUCAUUGUAGCUUCACAGCUGGAGUAUUAUAUUAGCUCCCUAGUGAACAACAAGUAUUACUCCUUUAGUGUGAUGGCAAAGACUCGCAGAGGUUGGGGGAGUGCAGCCAGCGCCAAAGUGUACACAACGGUCACCCGACGUGUGCCAGACAGUCCAACAAAGCCCACAAUCAUGUCAGACAUCAGGGCUCGGUCUCUCACCAUCAGUUGGUUGUCGGGAUUCGAUGGAUAUGGCCCCCUGAGAAACUAUACAAUCCAGUUUAAGAAGAGAGGAGGAAUGUGGACAUACAUCCCAGACUCGCCACUGGCUAAUGUUACUUCAUUCACCAUCAGAAAUUUACAUCCAAACACUGUGUACAUAUUCCGAGUGGCUGCCAAUAAUGAUGUGGGCUCCAGUAAUUUCAGUGCAGCUUCUGAUGAGGUCACAACGCUUCAGGACAAACCCGAGGGUGCUCCAGAAAAUGUGGUUGUUGUACCACUGACAAGAGAGUCACUCAAUGUAUCAUGGCAGCAUCCUCCUCCCUCUACUUGGAAUGGUGACAUCUUGGGCUAUAUCAUUCAGUAUCGUCAACAAAGCAUGUCCAGUUACCAGGAUAAGACUGUUCCCUAUCAAACUACCUGGACCUUGCUGGAAAAUUUAGUCAAAUUUACAACUUAUGAUAUUCGUGUAUCGGCCUUUAAUUCCAUUGGGGAUGGCCCUCACAGUGCUCCACACUCAAUAUAUGUUGGUGAUGCAGCACCAUCAGCCCCUCCUCUUCGUGUUAACGUGACAGCUAAGAAUGCCACAGCUCUAAAUGUAUUUUGGGAUCCACCACCUCUUGAUACCCAAAAUGGAAAGUUAUCUGGAUACAAGAUGAUCUACUGGAAGUCAGACACACCGUCUGAAAUCGGUACUCCUACUGUGGUCCCAGAGAAAGAAAUGGUCAUCAAUGGUCUGGAGAACUACUCUAAAUACACAGUCAGGGUCCUGGCCUACAACACAGCAGGGGAUGGUCCGUACAGUCCACCGUUGUUUGGGCGAACAAAACAGUGGAAACCUGGCAAACCACGAUCUCUUGAUUUCUUUAACAUCACCAUGACAUCUCUGAAUGUCACUUGGGAACCACCAUUGAAUCCAAAUGGAAUCAUUAAGUUCUAUGGACUGACAUACAAAUCUCAUGCAGAUAAUCGAGUUGUAACCCUGUCUGACCUGCCAGGUAACCAGACUUACUACUGGGUGGACAAACUAGAGGAAAAUGUCACCUACACCUUUACUGUGGUGGCUAAAACCAUUGUAGGCCCUGGGCCUGAGAUGGAGAACAGCAUCAAAACUGGACCACAGAAAGAAUCCCCUGAACCUCCUCGUAAGCCCUCAGUCCAGGUUUCCAAAGGACAGGUUCACCUCAAGUGGGUAAAUGGAAAUCCAGGAUCCUCACCAAUCAUUGGCUAUUAUAUUCAAGUUAGAAGUAUGGCGGAGACCCCAUGGAAGACUGUUCAGUAUAAAUACUCCUCUGAGCCUAGCACCACUCUAUCAUGGCCCAGUGACUGUGUGUUCUCAGGGCAAUGCCAGUUCAGUGUUGUGGCCUUCAACUCCAAGAGUAUCAGCUACCCCAGUCCCCCGACGAAAGUUGUCAGUUCUCAAGUCUCCAGUCUGCAGGAUGAGAGACCGUUCCAUUAUGAAUGGUGGUUCCCUGUCAUUGUGGCCUUGGGGGCAGUGGUGGUCAUCCUGGUCAUCGUCUCGCUUCUCUGUUUGGUUGCCAGAAACAGUAAAGAUUUAAAGAAAUCUCCCUCUCAGUCAAUGUCUACAGCACUAGAACCAUUUGAGCCAGAGGAGGGAGGAUUUGCUACAACAGAAAUUCGACAAUCCAGACGAAGUUUAGCCCGGAUUGGCAACGGUACAUUAAGAAGCCAACAUAGCAGGGGUCCACCUCGACCAAGUCCUGCCAGUGUCACUUACUCGGAGGAUGAGGGAGCUAAGGGGCCACUACCGGAUUCUGAUGAUGAUGGUAGCAGUAGCACUACAGAGAAGCCAUCAAAUCUGGGAGAUUCAACUGAGCCCAGUGACAAUGAGAGCGACAUCACGGAGAAGCACUCCUCCUUCCAUCCCCCUUCCUCCCCUCCCCCUCCUCCAUUUCGGAUCAGAAACGGUUCAAACCAUCCCUACAUCAACGACCCUGUCAGUCAAUCCUGGCAACAAAACAUGCAGCAACACACAAACUUCAAUGCCUACACUUACACUGACAGUGAGGCUGAUAGCAGUCAUUAUGCAAUGAGUUUUAAUGGAGGUCAGGUGAUUUUGAACAAUGCUGCUGGAUCCAGGGCCCCACUCCCUGGAUUUUCUUCUUUUGUCUGACCUUCCUGUGAUGUAGAAAUACCCUGAUUUCUUUCAAAGCAAUCCCUGUAAGAGAUCUUAUGAAUGGGGAUUAUCAAGUGAACCUGUGAUAUUCAUGUCUCACAACCAAUAUCCACAUGUAUUCCAUGAAGAAUAAACUCAGUGAUUUCUUCCCUGUGGCCAAAUUAUUUUGAUCAAAUAAAGCUAGUGCUAUGUGUGGUGAUGUUCUGCUUGUGUACUCACAACAGGUGAAACUGACUGCUUUUCAAGAUUUGAUGUAUAAGGUGCAAUAUAGAUUGUAGUCAUGUGUGGGAUUUCCCUUAUAAAGCAUGGUAUAAAUUGUAGUCAUGUGUAGGAUGUCCCUUACAAGGCAUGGUAUAAAUUGUAGUCAUGUGUAGGAUUUCCCUUAUAAGGCAUGGUAUAAAUUGUAGUCAUGUGUGGGAUUUCCCUUGUAAGACAUGGUAUGAAUUGUAGUCAUGUGUAGGAUUUACCUUAUAAGGCAUGUUAUAAAUUGUAGUCAUGUGUGGGAUUUCCCUUAUAAGGCAUGUUAUAAAUUGUAGUCAUGUGUGGGAUUUCCCUUAUAAGGCAUGGUAUGAAUUGUAGUCAUGUGUGGGAUUUUCUGUAUAAGGCAUGGUAUCUGAAACCAAGAAGCUGCAAUGAAUUUGUGCAUUUUUGUCAAAAUGUGUUGCAUACAAAUUAUUGUACAUAAAAUAUACAAAUUAUAAGUAUUUCGAUAUGUAUGUAUAUUGUUUUAUGAGAAGUUUCAAUGGAAACCCAUCGAACAAAGUCAAAAUUUAUUGAGAUUGAUUUGAGAGUUGUACAUGAUAUAUAUAAUUGGGUACAUUAUGAUGUCAUGAAAAUAUUAAUCAUAAAUAUACAAUAUAGAUGAAGCCUAAAUGUAUUAAAUAUUAUAUCACUUUUUAUCAAAUAUAUGUUUUAUUUUAAAAAAUUAAUCAAUACUAGUAUUUAUAAAUUGAUUUUAUAGUUAUUUAGCAUUUAUAAUUUUCAUUUUUAAAAAAAUCCAAAGUGGAAUCAAAAUGAUACCAUCCAGCAUAUCAUUACGUUUGUUUAAUGAUGCAAUUUCAUAUUUUCAUUCCAUUUUAAUUGCUAGAAAAUGGUUGUGUUCAUUCAGUGAUUAGGAGUGAUAAUCAUGCUUAUGAAAAGGUUGUGUUCAGUAUAAUCAUUCUAAUGACUUUUUAUAACAUUCAAUUAAGAACUGGGGUUUUGCUGACCCACCCCCUCCAUUAUUUUACCUUUCAGUGAAAUAGUAAGCAUGUCAUAUACAAUAAUUUCUGUCCUGUAUUUUUCUGAGGAAGUGAUGGUACUGUAUUUCAAAUCAUGUGAGUGUGGAGAAGAUUGUUUAUCAUUUAGAAAUUUGAUUUUUAGUUUUCAGAUUGUAUUUUAAAAAUUGGGAACAGAAGAGGAAACCAGUAUUAAAGCUCAAGUUAAUGAGAAAAUUCAAACCAUGCAUGACUGCAGUGCGAGUAUCCAAUUCAUUUCAUUCCAUUUCUCUCUCAAUUUAGGAUAUAAAAGUAUAUUAUAAAUAUGUAAUAAAAUAUGCCAAGAUGACUCAGACAUUCUAUUUUUUUAGAUAAAAAUUAUUUAUGAAAAUCAAAAGUGUUAUUAAUAUUUUUAAAUCUACAUCUAAAAUCUUCAAGAAACAUGGCAGUUAGAAAAACAGAUAUAUUAGAUAUUUAUAUCAUGCAUCAAAUCACGAUGAAAUUUAGACUUACAAUUUUGGAAUCAUAUAAAUUGAUUGAGAGCGUGUAUCACUUGAUGAUUAAAUCCUCCUUCAUAUCAGAUGCUUCCAUGAGCCGUCAAAUAAAAUUUGGCUUUGGGACCACCUUAAUUGACCCUGUCUAUGCAAUAGACUUUGGUAUACUGUACAAUACAUAUAUAUACAAAAGAUUGUAUAAUGAAUUCCAAGUUAUAUAUUUUUGUACAUGUCUUGGAUAAUUGGCAAAAUACUGUAAAGAAAGUCUCAUGAUGAAUUUAAUGUUUGUAUAUAAAGAAGAUGGAAAAAAUGAUGCCUCAUUGACUUAUAUGUAGUUCUGAUCUGUUUUAUCAACAAGUUGGGUCUUGGAAAAAACCCUGCUUUGUCACAUUUGAAGUUGAGGAGAUUGCCAAGUACUGUUUCAUGACUUGCAUUUAAAACCUUUAGUGGUUUACAGUGUGUAAUUUACUGUCUCCCUUUAUAUGCAGUAGGCCUCGUUAUGCUGAAUGAUUUUGUUGUGACUGUAGAUUUAACAAACUGAACACAUGUACAUGUAUUGUCAAAUUUUAUAGCAACUUGGAUGUAAUUCGUGUCAUUGAAUAAGUUUGUAAGUUUUAUUAUUUUUGUAGAAGCCAGUCGAACAUAUUGUUAGCCAUUGUUGAUUGUUAGAGAUUUAUGAUGUUUAACCUUUAUGUCUACUUUAGUUUUAUGAGAACUUUUAGCAAUAGGUUGUCAUACAUAUAAUGAGAUCAUGUUCUGAGUUGUGGUAAGCGAGGAUGGUUGAAUGCCUUGAGUUGUGAAAUGUUUUCGAAUAUUUAAGUUAUUAAUUACUGUUCAUUACUGACUUUAUAAGUUCCAUUUUCAGGACAAGAUUAAAAUUUGUCAAUGUUC